AUGGUUCUCACUCACACGACAAACCACACCUACUCUCACCCGUUCCCUACCGUCACUCUUGCCUACUUCCUUCGAUACUCGUCUCCUCAACUCAAUCCCUUCGCCGCCCACGUCCUGAGCACCGACACUAUUGAGAACUAUGUCGACCCAAAGACCAGCCGACUGCACACCACCCGCAUCCACCUAAAGAAAAGUCGCAUGCCUGGUGCUGUCUACAAGCUACUUCCUGCCAGUGUCACUGGUGGUGGUUCCGGUGACAAGGCUUCGUACAUUCUAGAAACGAGCGUAGUCGAUAUCAAAGAGGGUUGGAUGAGAACCGAGAGCCGAAACCUCAACUUCACUGGUGUGCUCUCUGUCAUUGAGAAGCAGGAGUUCAACGUUCCUACUGAGGGUGUUGCCCAAAAAGCGAACGAGACUGCCGUGACAACCAUGGUCCAGUUUAGGUCAAGACUUGGAGACAAGAUCAGGGGCAAGCUGGGGCAGGCUCAAGAGGAUGGCUGGUUCAAAAAUGGCAUCAUCGGCGGUUGGGGUACGAAGGGUAUUCAGCGAAGCAUCGAGAGCAUCGCCUCCACCAAAACCCAGGACCAGAUGGGCAAGAGCCGCGACGGUAUGAAGCUCGUCCUUGAGCGCCUGCGCAACAAUGGCGUCAUGGGUGUUCUUGAGACGAUAAGGAGAGAACGUCAGCGUCAACUCGCUUGA